AUCUGAAUCAGUGUGUGACUUUCUUUCUUCAUUUCUCUCUUCCAAUAUUUGCAAUGGCAGAAACACAAACCCAGAGACCCUGUUCAAGCGUCCUCGAUUCUCUGGGGGAAGAAAUCGUGAGAAUCAUCGCACCCGUUUCAAUAUGCAUGUUCCUGGUCGUAAUCCUGGUCUCAACUCUCAACACCGAUUCUUCUCUCUUCGACGCAUCGAUGAGCAUGGUCACCAUCGCGUACAACGAAACAACCUCGGACUCCACCUGGGACAAGUUCCUAGGAGCCCUUCUGAACUCCUUAGCCUUCGUCAUCCUCGUCACCUUCGCAACCUUCGUCUUGGUCCUCCUCUUCUACUUCCGAUGCACCAGGUUCUUAAAACUCUACAUGGCUUUCUCCACUUUCAUCGUGCUGCUAUUCCUCGGCGGCGAAGUCUCGAUCUUCUUGAUCCAAAAGUUUAGUACUCCCAUUGAUUGCAUCACGUUCUUCCUUGUUCUGUGUAAUUUCGCUGUUGUGGGUGUUUUGACUGUGUUUAUUUCGAAAAUGGCGAUUCUUGUGACGCAGGGGUAUUUGGUUGUUGUUGGGAUAUUGGUUGCUUAUUCGUUUACUAUGUUGCCUGAGUGGACCACGUGGGCCCUGCUUGUUGCUAUGGCGUUGUAUGAUCUUGCUGCGGUUUUGUUGCCAAUUGGACCGUUAAGGCUUUUGGUAGAGCUUGCAAUUUCAAGGGAUGAGGAAAUUCCGGCAUUGGUUUAUGAGGCUAGGCCAGUGAACCAUGGUAGUUUGGAUCCUAUGGAAGUCACGCAGAGGCGGUUGUGGAGAGAAAGGAGGGUUCAGAAUUUGAAUGCUAAUUCAGUGUUGGCUCAUGGCCCCGACAAUGUUGAAUCGCACGCUGAUUCGGGUGCAAGCGCUGGCUAUAACCGGGAUGGCGCAGACUUGGUUAGGGAAAACGCUUCUUUGAAUUCAAUUUUGAAUGCUGAUAGUUCUGGUGGCUCCAAUGGUUAUGGAAAUUUGGUGAGUGUGGAAGAGGGACGGGUGCGAGUUCAAGAGACUGGUUCGGACCUUUCUGCACCCUUGAUUGAUCGUGGAAUGAAUGUCCAGCUUGGUAGGGGAGAAGAUGCUGCGUCAAUUGAAAACUUGAUGCUAGAGGGAAUUGGAUUGGGUUCUUCCGGUUCAAUCAAGUUAGGGCUGGGAGAUUUUAUCUUCUAUAGUGUUUUGGUUGGCAGGGCGGCAAUGUAUGAUUAUAUGACGGUGUAUGCAUGUUAUCUUGCUAUCAUUGCGGGUCUUGGCAUAACUUUGAUGCUUUUGGCUUUUUAUCAGAAAGCUUUGCCUGCUCUUCCUGUGUCAGUGGCAAUGGGCGUGCUGUUUUAUUUCUUGACCAGGCUUUUACUUGAAGUAUUUGUAGUACAAUGUUCCUUAAAUCUCCUGUUGUUCUAAGGUUAGAAUUUUGUAUUGUUAAGGCUUGGUCGACCAAACAUAUCAUAUGACCACGUAUAUUUUUAGUUGAAAAUCUUGGCUUAACAAUGCCCCAUCAUUAGUUUUGAGGAUUUCAAGAACUGUAUCUUUGCUUUCGGUUAUAUAGCACUUCACUUAUGAUGCUUCCGAUUUUGUUUUGGUUCUGAGGAGAUCCUAUUGAACCUUGUGGAGAAAGGAAAUGGAGAUGUGGGGGAUCAAACCCACCCCACAUGCAUAUCCAUAGUACCAGGUGAAGGCCAGGUUUACUAGUUCAGCUAUGCUCGGCAGUUGACUUUUGAUGCCUCUUAUUAAGCUAUUUGUUCCGUAACUCUUUUCUUUUAUGAUUGAUGAUUAGAAAACACCUAGCUUACUGCAGAUUUAGGAUCUGUGACUGCAAGCACUCCAUUCCCGUUAUUGGAAGUAGAAGACUGAAAUGUAAAAUCAUGUUUUUUGUUAAAAACUUGAAAUAACUAUAAGUUUGUAGAUAAUAGGAAAUCAUUUUCAAAAUAAUAGAUAAAAAAUGGAAAUUAUUGAAGAUAUGGAUAUGGAGGUAGUUAGUCUGAGACUGCUUAUUAUUAAUUAUUUUAGAAAGCAAGAGAUUUUGCAUGUCAGAUAUGGCCAAAUAAAAUGGAGGUAGGCAACCCUUUAAGUCGUAAGUGUUUCAUUCUUGUCUGAAAAGAAAAAGCAUGUGAUAUUUCUUAAUAUUUGGUUUUAUCAACUUGAGUCAGCUGGUUUUGAUUAAUUGAACCUAGUUUUCAAGGAUUAACAUGUAGGAACUAAUAUGUGAUCCAGCAAAGAGAGGACUUGGAGUGGUAGAACCACAACAUUGAGGACUAGAAACUUGGAAGUUAUGUGGUGGAUACUCUUUUUUUUUUUAUCAUGGAUACUCAUUUACAGGCUCUGCUGGAGUUUUAAGUUUAUUCCCUUAUUUAUUUAUUGUUUUGAAGGAAAUGGAGGACUGAAGUUUGAAUUUCUGAUGAUCUUUUUCUUUCAUUUGUAUUGUGUAAUUGUAUUGCUACUUCCUUCACACACAUAUUAGACGCAUUUUUGAAUUCAA